AUGACGGUUCAAGUCGUUCUAAACACCCCGCUGGCGGAUUCCCUGACCAAGGCCAUCCAACCGAAACUCGUCGAAGCGGGCUGGGCAUCUGACGAUGGAGAGCUUGCCGAAUACAUCAUUCUCAUGCUCGUCAACGGUCGGACACAAGACCAGAUCGCCCAUGAGCUCGCCACCGAUCUUCUCGGCCUCGACCCUGCCGAUCCCGCCUGCAGCGACUUUGCCAGCUGGCUAUUUCAACAAGCAGAACAGCUCAACGCGCAGUUGAACGGCUCUCAAGCUGAAGGGAGCGAUGCCAUGGCCGGAAUGACCCAGCAGGAUGCUUCAUCUGGCGAUAUGGACACCGAUAUGGGCGCAAAUGACGCCAACGAACUCAAUGCUCCAACUGGCCCGCGCUCGAUGCGGAACGGUCCCAACGCUCGCGGAGCAGGACGCGACAAGCGCAUGCUUGGCCACAUGUCCAAGGCUAUGGACAGGUCAGGCGACUCAGUCCUCCACCGCACUCGCGGCAACGAUAGAAUCAACUCUCACGGGCGUGGUCCCCCUUCCGGCCCGAGAGGCGGCAUGGGUGGACGUGGUGGCCGGAUGAACGGUCGCGGAGUGAACAUCCAGGCUGGUUUGAACGCGAUGGCGGGCAUGAACGGCCAACAAGGACCUCCCGGAAUGAACGGCAUGAACGGCGGUUGGGGGAUGCCCGGCGCAAUGGCCGGAGGUAUGCCAGGAGGAAUGCCCGGACAGCAGCACUUGGAUCUCAUGGCGAUGAUGGAGCAACAGCAGCAGAUGAUGAACCAGCUUCAACACCAGCUUAUGAACCAAGCAGGUGGCCGUGGUGGGCGCCGUGGUGGCAAGUCUCUAUUCGAUCGAACACAGAAUCGCAACAACUUCAAGAAUCGCCAACCCAACGACAGGUCAGACUCGGCCAUGACGGAAGGUGGAGCUGAAGGCGAGGAUGUCGACAUGGGACAAACGAAACGCGACCCGCCCAACCCGGACGACACGGUGUGCAAAUGGAACCUCCAAUGCACCAGGAAGGACUGCCCGUAUGCGCAUCAGUCUCCUGUGGCGCCACCUGGUAUCACUAUCGACCUUAACGAUGUCUGCACCUUUGGCGCCGCUUGCAUGAACAGGAAGUGUGUCGGUCGCCAUCCAUCCAAGGCUGCGAGACUUGCCCACCAGGGCGAGCAAGACUGCAAAUUCUUCCCCAAGUGCGCAAACCCGAGAUGUCCGUUCAGGCACCCCGAUAUGCCAUUGUGCCGGAACGGAGGCGGUUGCACCACACCCGGUUGCAAAUUUACACAUGUUAAGACCAAGUGUAAAUUCAACCCCUGCAUGAACCCUCACUGCAUCUAUACCCACGAGGAGGGACAGCAAGGAGCCUUUAAGGACAAGGUCUGGACGGCGGAUGACGGUGAUCACGUUAGCGAGCGCCAAUUCGUCGACGCAAAGGCUGAUCCCGAGGUGAUACUCCCCGAAUCCGAAGCUGCCGUCAAAGAGGAGCAGGGCAACUUUCAGGAGGAGGUCAUCAGCUAG